AUGGUAAACGAAACCAUACAACAAAUUGCAAGCACUUUUCCUAUCAGUGUGGAUGCAAUCAGACCGGAGCGAAAACGUUCAAUUAUUCGCGAGUUUGGUUUAAAUACAUCCACUCAUGCUAUUCCGUCUAUUGCUCGUAGUCAAAGCCUACUCAAUCGAAUAUUUUGGUGUACUGCCUUGAUAAUUUUCGUUGGUAUCAUGUUUUAUUUUAUAAUAACAUCUAUUAUUGAUUACUUUGACUAUCCGACGAGAACAUCGGUGGAUUUUGUCGUUGAAUGGCCACAACCGUUUCCAGCUGUGACUAUUUGUAAUUACUCACCGUUGGUCUAUUCGUAUUUUAUUGAUUCGUUUUUAAAUUAUACGAAUAGUCGCAAUUUAACAAAUACAACAGAUACGGCAACAUUCACUCGACAGCAAGCCUCAUAUGUUCGUGAUUUUCAACGGGAUGUCCUUGUACAAGGUGAACACUUAGCUCGAUAUGCUUUCCCACUUGAAUCCAUGUUGAUCAGUUGUACGUAUAACAAUCUUCCGUGCUCAGCAACAAAUUUUACUAGGUAUGCAUCGAUUCGUUAUGGAAAUUGUUAUACAUUCAAUGGUAAACGAAAUAACAGUGUUCAUUACAAUUCGGAAAAUGCUGCCGAUGGUUUACUUCAAUUAACUCUCUAUCUACACCGACAUCAAUAUGUUCCUUACGUGACAACAGGUGUUGGUAUGAUGGCUAUAGUACACGAUAAUGAUGAGUUUCCUCUGAUUACAGCAUCAGGUUUGCAACUCAUUCCGGGUAGAAGUCAUACAUUAGCUUAUAGCAAAAGAAGCAACGUAUUUUUAUCCCCGCCGUACACAUCUUGCACAAAUAAUGUUGCCCAAGCUAUGCAAGCCCUAUUUGACCAAUAUGAAGGCGUUCAGUACGGAUACAAACAAUACCUUUGCUAUUUGAUCUGUAUGCAAACGUUGAUUUAUCAACAAUGCGGAUGUAUUAGUCCGAAUAAUUGGGCAACUCGUUUUGUUGUACUCCCGGGAUCAGAUACAGUUAUAGCUGCUCCACUUUGUAAUUGGACAGAUUCGUGCUCUGCGCGUGUAACGAUGGAUUUUGCAAAUUUAGGAGCGCAGAGAGACAAGCAAUGUCCUGGCUGUGGACCAGAAUGUCACAGUAAUACAUAUCAAAUCAAAGCAUCUGCACUUGAAGCACCAAUGACUUUUCAGUUGAACGAUAUAAAGAAGUUUGUCGAGUCGUCAUCGAUUCCAACAUCGGCAAAUUGGACAACAACGUGGCAAAACGAAAUUCCAAUGAAUUAUGUUUCACUCGCAGUGAUGUGCGAAACAACUCAAACGGAAGUUUAUACUCAAAGGCAUCGAUCGGGCCGGUCGACCUCAUUUCCAAUAUUGGGGGUCAAACUGGUCUUUGGAUUGGUAUUAGUUUUCUUUCGUUAUUAG